GUAUUUCGCGGUGGUAGCAGCGGCGGCGAAGGUGAGCGGUGGUGGUCCGAGUUUGCAGAGUGGGUACAGUGUGUACGUUAGAUAGCGAAGGUGUAAGUACGUCUGGCUGGUGAGCUGUGCUUACGCGUUUUCGUCUCCCGUGCGGCGGGGGCUACCCUUCGCAAUAAUCCGCGUCACGCAUGGCACCGCUUCGUGCCUGAGACGCCUUUUUCUCGGAGACAGAGAGAGCAGAAUCGUGCACGGCCGGGGCCCAGCCUCUUCGCGUGCCUCGUCUCAUUUUGUCGUUUUCGAGCGCCGGAGAGACAGAGUCGCGAACGAGCCGACAGAAUGACCAGCCAGGAGACGCUCGAUCAAGGGAUCAGUAACGUGGAAACAGAGUAUCUCGAGAUCAACUCGAAAGGAGCCUGGCCGAUCCUCUAUCAGCAUAUACGCAAUGAAUGCAGUAAUUUUACAUACACAUGCAAUGAAUCAAAGAAACCACAAAACAGAAAUUUAAACCGUUAUAGAGAUGUUUUGCCAUAUGACCACAGUAGGAUUGUCCUUAAAAGGGGCCCAUGUGAUUAUGUCAAUGCUAAUCUUAUACGGGUAGAUCGUGCCCAUAGACAAUACAUUCUUACACAAGGACCAUUGGAAAAUACUGCUGGCCACUUUUGGCUAAUGGUAUGGGAGCAAAAUUCUAAAGCCGUGUUAAUGUUAAAUAAGAUAAUUGAAAAGAAUCAUGUUAAGUGUUAUCAGUAUUGGCCUCUUGGUGAUUCGAUUAAUACUAUGAUGUUUCCGGAUGUUGGUAUAAAAGUAAAAUAUAUCAGUAAAACAGAAUCAUCGGAUUACACAACUAGAAUAUUAAAGUUAACUGACUUGGAAACAAAAGAAAGUAGAGAAAUAUUACAUUUUCAUUAUACCACCUGGCCAGACUUUGGAGUUCCACAAAGUCCAACAGCUUUUUUACGUUUUUUAACAGAUGUCAGGCAAUCAGGAGCAUUAGAUCAAAAUGUUGGUCCUCCUGUGGUACAUUGUUCUGCAGGAAUUGGGAGAUCAGGAACAUUUUGUUUAGUUGAUACAUGUCUUGUUUUGAUUGAAGAAAGUGGAUUGAAUUCUGUGAAUGUUAGAGAAGUGUUAAUAGAAAUGAGAAGACACAGAAUGGGUUUAAUUCAAACACCAGAUCAAUUAAGAUUUUCAUAUGCUGCCAUCAUCGAAGGAGCAAAACAACUGCCAUCCAACAACGUGAACAUUAAUAAUGAAGUGGUAACAAAUCAUUAUGACGUGGUAAGUAACAUCAGUAAUUCUUCGAACGAAGAAGAAGAUGAACCACCUCCUUUACCACCUCCAAGAGGUGAAUCCUUAACACGUAGCAUGAUGGCAGAUUUAACUUCAAAUCCAAUAACAAGAAAUGACGAAUUAAGUGCACCACCUGACAAACCAUUGCCUAGAGAGCCAUCAAUUUCCACAGAAAUAUCUACCACCAGUCCACAAACUGUUCCAAAUUCUGCAGUGAUCACAAACAAUUUACACGAACAGAAUUCCGAUGGUGUUGUGGUGCCUAAUGAUAAUACUAGUGACGGUGAAAACUCUUCAAAAACAAUUAGUCCUCCGUCCAGUCCAGAUACGAAAAACGAAGUACGUCAUCGUAAUAAGGAGAAGAAAGAACGUCUGGCAGCGCAAGUACGGGAGAUGAAGCGUCGUCAAAAAGAGACUGAAGAAUGGCAGAAGCUCAAGAGGUCAUUAUUUAAACCUCUUACAAUAGGCAUAGGCGCUGCAAUUGUUGGUGGGGGUAUUAUAGCAAUCUGUGGCUAUUUGUACAUGCGUGGUUAGGACCGAAUUGUUUCCCUGUCACACAUGUACAUGGACCAUCGAAUUGUCAGUGAUAAUAGGUGAUCCGCACAUUCAAGAAUAGUUACUUUCACUACGAAAUAUUUAACAGCUCCAUUGCACAUGCCAUUGAUUGCCGUUUCGAGAGAGUAAUUAAUCAGGGAGAAGCAUUUAGUGUUAUGUAAUUUAAAGUAAAAAUACACGCAGUCGUCGUGAGGCGUUAUAUUAAUGAGACUAUCAGUUGAGUUGGCAAAAUGAGACACACGUCAGUUGUCAAAGAAACGUUCAAGAGAAGUAACUUAUUCUAACGAAGUGCAUUUUGUAAAGGACAUUGCUGCACGAUAAAGAAGCGAGAAAAAAAAUGAGAAAGAGAUCAGGAAGUCAAUGAUAAAUAGGAAUGAAAGAGAAAAAGGGAGAUUCUCGAUUUGUAUUUUUGUAUUGUGAUUCACUUAAUGAGUAUGUAUCAUACUAGAAGCUAUACAUUCUUUUGAAAAUCUUGUUAGGUUUCCAUGAAAGUUGCACUUGACAAAGUCAGUAGACCCUUUCGCAUUCGCGUUUCCAAUUAUAGUGAAAUAAGAGGUAAAUUCACUUAGAUUUUUACUUUGUGAUCUUUUUCUACCCAAUUAGAAAUAGAGACUAUCUUUUUUAUUUGUUUGAUGAUGCUAACAAUUGAACGUAUAUCCUGUGAAGUAGGAUGCAAGAAAAAGCACAUGUAAAAAUCUAAUAUAAGUAAAAUAACAGUGUCCUCUUAUUCUCAUAUUGUAAUGAUGGUAGGUUCUUACAUAUAAUAGACAUUACAUACGAAGUGGGUGCACGAUGUUUCGAUAAGUAAGAUCGAUUAUUAACUUUUAAAGUAAUAAUCAAUAUAGAGGCAAUUAAAAGUAUUAAUUUACCACAUUUUUUAUUUCUUACAACAUUUAAAUAAAUUUAGAUUUCUUUAAUUUAAUUCAUUUCAUUAUCUCCGAUAUUUUAAUUCUGAUAAUGAGUUGAAGGAUGAAAGAGACGAGUUUCCUUCAGUUUUUCAACUGUUAUUCUUCGAAUAAAUUUGAUCUACUGUUAGCAAUCAUCCAGGGUACCAAAAUCAUUCGCUUAGAGUUUAAUAAGUAACCCCGAUCAUCUUGCUAGAAUUUAAUGGAUAUAUUCGUGAUAGUCAUAGAGAAAUGUUAAUGAACUUUACAGUUAUAGUACACUAUAUAAAUGUUUCUUUUUAUAAAUAACUUGCCCAUAUAAGUAGAAUCCAUUCUUCUAUAAAAUGUUCAUGACGAAACGAAGUCGCAUUAGAAAUUAGCAUAAGCGAUGCCUGUGACGUACCAUGGCCCAUUCUCACAUGGCAGGUGAAUGUUUACUUAAAAUCAUCGAUUUCGUUCGAAACUUGUUCCUGGGGCAUGCGUUAAAGGGGAGGGGGAAGAGAAAAGAAACGAAUCAUCUUGACUUUCUCUCUUCCUGGAAGAAACGCGUCAUCGAGAUAUUCCGUUUAAUAUGGCAACUGGUGCCUUCGAUGUUGUGUGUACUUCGUAAAUAAUUCAUACAAUUUCUUAAAAUGCUCGUAAUCGUUUGUAAUAUGAGUCAUUUUAUACUCGAAGUAGCCGAGGGGGUUUUUUAUGCGAGAAUUACAUGACCUGGUUAACAGAAAAAUUAUCAAAUUUCUCGUAAUACUGGAAUAAUCAGCGGCAAGAAUAUUCUCAGCGAGCAAAACUUGCUACUGUGUUCAUCACUCGUUAUCCUGCGCAUUGCGUUUUUCAUUUCAUGUGAUGAAAUUGUCGACAUAAUGGGUGCCAAACAAUGAGAAGCCAACAAGAAUUUUGUACGUCAUGCAUAAUAUAUAUAGAAAUAUCUAAUAUUCUUGUGAAUCAGUUUUCGGUAUCAGUCUUGAUGCAUACUUCAGUGUAAGUAUUAGAACAAUAUCUGAUUACAUGGAAUUGAAUCAAGCACUCAACUAAUUUGAGAAAUUAGUGUUUCGUAGGAACUUCCUCGCAUGCUUGAAGAUGAAGUAAAGUUGCUGUAGGUGAUUCCACUAGUGUAACCAAGAUGUACUUGAUAUUGUUGAUCAGAAAUUGAUACUUUGUGUGCGUCUGAUUAGUAUAAUAUCAAAGCUGAUGUCGAAAAUUUAUUCAGUCAGAGGAACAUGUUGGAAUAAUCAACGAUAUCAUAGUUAUGUUAGUAAAUUUUAUUUUAUACACUUUUAACCCCUUAUCAAAGGCGUUUUUCUAUCAUCUAUCAUCAGCAAUCUCACUCCCGUCUAGCAUUCGGAUAGAUAUUGCAAUAUUUAUACAAAUUAUAAAGAACCUUAGUUCCCACAUAAAAAAGAGUAAUUAGGAGUUAAAAAACACAUUAUUUUAAAACAUGAAUUCUAACUGAUUUGCUCAAUAGUAAAUCGUUUAAAGCACAUUGAGCAUCGUGGAAAGACUGAAUACAUCUAUAAUUGCUUCUACAUGAAGUUUAAAAAAGAAACGAAUGGAAACGAAAAAGAAUUACAAAUACGUAACGCGGUUAAAAAAGAUUUUUACUCUUAAGCCGAGCUUCUACACAAAUCGUCACGAUCAUUCUUUAACCUGGAGUAAGCUUACUGGAUCGUGUUCCAACGUUAAACAAAAGAGGGAAAGAAGUUAGAACAGGAAGCAAAGUAUAGCUUAGUUGCUUACGUUUUGACUUUUUUCCAAGAAGAAAACACGCGUGGCGUGAACAAAUGUAUUUUGUGUACUUUUGUAUUACGUCGUUAAUCCAUAGGAUGCUUGGAACACGAUUUUCAUGUCAAAGAAUUAUUUUUCUGAUACGUGUUACAUUCACUGCACAGUGGUUAUAAAAAGCAUUAGUACAUAGUUAUUAUAGCAUUUAUAUAUUAGUUAAUUAGAUUCAAGCGUACUCCGUUUCGUCUCAUUUAAUAGUACUUUUAUGUGAUUACAAAAAGUCGAUACUGUAAAAAUAUAGGUCCCGCUAAAAAAAGCGCUUUAUUAAAAAGAUAUAUAUAGGUAUAUACAGAUACUUUUUGUAACCACUGUAUAUGUGUUGGUGUGUUCGUUCACAAUGCACCGAGGCAUAAUCGCAAAUUAUCGUAGGAGAGAUGUCAUCGUGUUCCAUUUAAAGCAAUGUUAAAACGUGUUCGAAGUUGAAUACAGUAUUCUGUCGUCGGUACAGUUCACCUAUGUGUGUGUGCACCAUUGUAUAUCUUGUUACCUGAUUUUCAUCUAGAGUAUAUUCGUACGUUUAUAUUGUCGUUAGAGGAACAUGCGACCCAAACAUGUUUUCUUUUUCUCAUUUUAAAAUGAUUUUUGAAACAUGUUCGAAUAACUUUAAUAUAGCAUGCGAGAACAGUGUGAAAAAACAAUCUUCUCCGAGCAAGGAGAACGACACAUACGUCAGCCUUCAUUUAGAGCGAUUACAUUGAGCGAAAGAGAUGAUAGAGCGUUCCUAGAAGAGAGUCGACAAAUUCGAUAUUUUUUAUAUUUUCUUUUUUAGAAACACGAUGAAUGUGAUCUUCGAGUUUAUAGCGAGAGUGCUUCUGUUCUUGAACGGUCGAAACUGUUUGAAGUUUCCAGGUGCUGACUUUUGGAACAUAAUUUUUAUGUUGAAAUUACUUCCACAAAAAGACCUAGAAAUAAUAAUGACAACUUUAUUUUAUUAUAUUAAUGUAUAAUAUAAAUGUUAACAUUGAUUUCUAUGUUACAACGUAAUUGAACAAUUGAAAUUCUAUAAAUAUGAGGAAUACUUAAUGACAUCACAGUAACUCUUACACAGCAAUAUUAUUACUUAAUUUUUGACAAGACCAGAAUUAGCACCUGGAAACUUAUAAUUAGACUGUGGAUGUUUAUAUAUACACAACAAAUUUAGAAGUGCAGAAAUGUAUAGAGUGCACUUAAUACGCAAAAUAUACAUAAAAUAUCCGAGACAAAGGACAGAUUAUAAUAUCUAUAGUAGGUAAAACUAGUUUUUAUCUAGAUUUCAUUUCUUUAAUUACAAAAAUAUGAAAUAUG